UAUCGUUCACAGCACACCCACCCUGAGUACUGGAACUAUGCCGCGGGGCCGGCCUCGCAAACAGAGAGUUAAAAGCAACGACGACACAGAUCCAAGUGACUCCAAGGCGGAAAGUUUCAGUGAUGGAGAGCUCAGGGACAAGAAGUGCACUAUUUGCUCCCAGGUCUUCACCACUGAGAGCCAGCUGCAGAAACAUCUACGUGAACAUGAGAGUAAUGAUAAGCCUCAUCGGUGUGACCAUUGUCCACAAACAUUUAAUGUGGAAUUCAAUCUCACACUCCACAAAUCCACACACACAACCUCUGACUUCACCUGCCCCGUCUGCCACAAGAAGUUCUCCCGCAUUGCCAGCCUGAAAUCUCACGUCAUGCUCCACGAGAAGGAGGAGAAUUUAAUCUGUGCCGAGUGUGGGGAUGAGUUCGUUCUUCAGAGCCAGCUCUCUCUGCACCUGGAGGACCACCGCAAAGAGCUGACAGGUGUCAAGGUCUACACCUGCAAGACCUGCGACAAAGAGUUCAAGACGUCAGCACACCUCAAGGAGCACAUGAAGAGUCACGCCAAGAUGAGGCCGCUUAACUCUAGUUCCAGAAACUACAAGAAGAACAUCGACCGCAGCGGGUUCUCAAACAGCUGCCAUCACUGUGGAAAGGCUUUCAAAAAGCCCAGCCAGCUUGUGAGGCACAUACGAAUACACACAGGUGAGAGGCCCUACAAGUGCUCACAUUGCGGGAAGGCUUUCAACCAGAAGGUGGUGCUGCAGACUCACAUGGUGAGACACACCGGAGAGAAACCUCACCUCUGCAUUUUCUGCCCGGCCUCAUUCUCCCAGAAGGGGAACCUGCACUCCCACGUCCAGAGAGUUCAUUCAGAGACAAAAGGCGUACCACUGUUCCCGUGCAUGGACUGCAGCUGCUCUUUCAAGAAGUUGGGCAGUCUGAAUGCCCACAUUAGCAAGAUGCACAUCUCAGUGAUUGAGGUGCCUUCAAGUACUCCGGAGACGGAGACGACGGGUCAAGCUCCUGGAGCGUCAGAGGGCGGCGAGGGGGUGACAGAUGUCAUCCAGCAACUUUUGGAGCUGUCUGAACAGGUCAGCGUGGAGACAGCCCAGCCGCAACCUCCAGAGCCUGCUAUGGUCUUGGAAACUGCAAUUAACCAGGACAUCCUGCAGCAAGCGCUGGAGAACAGCGGGCUGAGCGUGGUCCAACCACACAGCGACGCAACAUCCAGAGAGUCACAGAACCAGACCACUGAGGAGGGCGCCGCUGUGGAAAUCAAGAAAGUACAAGCUCCCGAGAGACCGCUCCGAGAGAAGAAAAGGAGCAUCUUCAAGAAACCUAUUCAAAUGCCAGGCUCCAUCAGGGAGGAGAACGGCGUUCGCUGGCAUGGCUGCCCGUACUGCUCCAAGGAGUUCAAGAAGCCCAGCGAUCUCGUCCGCCACAUCCGCAUCCACACGCACGAGAAGCCUUUCAAGUGCAAACAGUGCUUUAGAGCUUUCGCUGUCAAGAGCACCCUCACAGCACACAUGAAGACGCACACGGGCAUCAAGGCCUUUGAGUGCCAGUGCUGUCUCAAGUGCUUCUCCACUUCUGGAAGCAUGAAGGUCCACAUGCGACUGCAUACAGGUGUCCGUCCCUUCCCCUGCCCUCAUUGUGAAAAGAUCUUCCGUACAUCAGGCCACAGAAAAACACACAUUGCUUCUCACUUCAAAAGCUUACAGCAGAAGAAGCACAAGUUCCCCCGGAAAACCAACAAAGCCAAAGUGUCCAAGAGUAACCUACCUCUGCCUGAUAUCCCCCUGCAGGAACCCAUCCUCAUCACUGAUUAUGGCUUCCAGAACCCUCGCUUGGUGUUACAACAAUACCUGGAGGUGGUGGGAAAUGACCGGCCGUACAAGUGCCAGUUCUGUAGUAAAGCCUACAAGAAAUCGAGCCAUCUGAAACAACAUGUCAGGUCUCAUACAGGAGAAAGGCCCUACAAGUGUUUGCAGUGCAGUCGGGGCUUUGCCUCCUCGGGAGUCCUCAAGGCUCACAUCAGGACCCACUCGGGCCUUAAGGCGUACAAGUGCCUGAUGUGUGACACCACGUUCACUACCAGCGGCAGCCUGCGACGCCACAUGACCACCCACAGUGACCUGAGACCUUACAUGUGCCCCUACUGUCAGAAGACCUUCAAGUCGUCGCCCAACUGCAGGAAGCACAUGAAGACACACAGGUAUGAACUGGCCCAGCAGCUGCAACCCCAGUCCACAGAUGACCCCUUAGGAGGGGGCCCUGUGGCACAUGACAUGCAGGUGGAAAUAGAGGGAGACUCUCUCCAACAACCGCCUGAUUCCUCUGCAGAGCAGCAAAGCAUGCUUGGACUGGGCCAGGCGGAGGUUGUGAAUGGAACUCAACAAGUGACACUGGAAGCACCUCUGACUGACCAAAACCUCGUACAAGCAGAAGUGUCCGACUCAUAUGUGACCACCCAGCAUGCUUUGCCUCAGAAUAUCAGCCAGUUUGAGUCACCAGCACUCCCUCAGCCUGCCUUUGACCAGCAAGCUCUAACACAAGGCUUCACCAUCACUGAAUCGAGCUACAAUCAGUCCCAGUUCUCCACAGUUCAGCAGCUGCAGGAUUCCAGCACCCUGGAGUCUCAGGCCCUGUCGUCGAGCUAUCACCCUCCAAACCUGCUCCACGUUCAAAGUGCUGAGGUGACAAAUGGGCUCCUUCAGCAGAGCAGUCAGGAGGAGCUUCAGCUGACCACUGAAACACAGGACUACCAGGAUGACAGUGAGGACAGCAGCAAAAGAGCCUACAGGUGUAAUUGGUGUAAUAAAGGCUUUAAGAAGUCAAGCCACCUGAAGCAGCAUGUGCGCUCACACACAGGGGAGAAACCCUUCAGAUGUCACCUCUGCGGAAGAGCCUUUGUAUCAGCUGGGGUUCUAAAGUCUCACCUCAACACACACACAGGAAUGAAGCCUUAUAAAUGUAAUGUUUGUGACGCCUCAUUCACCACCAACGGCAGCCUGAACCGCCACAUGAUCAUCCACAUCAAGUCUUACAAAUGCUCCAUGUGUGACGAGAGCUUCAGGACCAGCCUGCUGUGUAAAAAGCAUAUGAGGAAGGUGCACGCUGUGGAGGAACAAAUUGUAGGUCUAGAGGCUGAAGACAUUGAAGAAGACGAUGAAGAGGAAGAGGACGGGGAGCAAAAGGCAUCAAAGAGGAGGGGUUUGGAAAUCAUCACUUUCACUGAGGAGCAGGCAGCUGAGCUGGCCAAGGACCCCGGGGAGGAGGCCUCAGUGUCGGAGCGGAUCCUCGCCCAGUCAGCAGCUGAGAGGGACCGAAUCAGCGAGAUUAAAGACAAGGCGGUGGAGCUGGAAACAGAACCCAAGUUUGCCAACUGCUGCAACUUCUGCCCAAAGAGCUUCAAGAAGCCCAGUGACCUCGUCAGGCACAUUCGGAUCCACACGGGCGAAAGACCAUACAAGUGUGAUGAGUGUGGGAAGAGCUUCACAGUGAAAUCUACCCUCGACUGCCAUGUGAAGACGCAUACAGGCCAAAAACUGUUCAGCUGUCACAUGUGCACCACCUCCUUCUCUACAAAAGGCAGCUUAAAAGUGCACAUGCGCCUCCACACCGGCUCCAAGCCCUUUAAAUGUCCAUUCUGUGAACUCCGCUUCAGGACGUCCGGCCACCGCAAAACACACAUCCAGUGUCACCUCCGGCCGAACAGCGACAGAAACAAAUCAAAGCGCUCUGCCUCUUCUGCUGGUCAGGCCAGUCAGGGCCAUGAAUCAGCGGCUGGACAGGGUGUGGCAUCAGGCCAGGGGCAGCAGCAUGUGGCUUCAGAUGCUCUUCAACCUGUGGGACUCUUACAAACAUCCAACUCUGACCCCAACAUUUAUCUCCCAGCCAGCCAGUUUGACCAGAAUCUACUACAACAGGGACUAGUGGGAGGGGCCAUCCUGCCUGCGUCCAUGUCAGCUGCAGGAGACCUGACUGUGUCUCUAACAGAUGGUCUAACCACACUGGACGGCAUCCACCUGCAGCUGACGCCUGCCAACCUGGUGUGCCCCAACGUCCAGAUCUCUGGCAUCGAUACCAGCAACAUCAACAACAUCACACUCCAGAUUGACCCAGCGCUCCUGCAGCAGACAUUACAACAAGGCGGCCUCCUCUCUCAACCCCUAAGUGUUGAUACUGGUCUCGUCUCCAACUCUGGCAGCCAGCUCAUGUCCUCCUCUGACCCCUCGGUAUCUGCAAAUGUUGUGCUCCACCCACUGACCAGCCUGGCCCUGCAGCCCUCCUCCAUUAACCCUGCUCAGGUCACAAUGGCCGGUCUCUCUGAGCAGGAUGCUUCAGGUUCUCAGGAUCUAAGCCAUGUGAUGAGCAGCUCGGGGCUGGUAGCUGGAGGCGCCAGUGGUCAGGAGAUCACGCUGACCAUCAACAAUUCCAGCCUGUCUCAAGCCCUCGCCUCGGCGUCGUGUGCCAGCGGUGCUGCAGGAAACCCUCAGGAGAUCACCCUCACCAUAUCAGGUCAGGAUCUGCUUGCCCAACAUAGCCACCCAAAUGGUGCUGAGAUCAACGGCAGCAUCAGGCUGGCAUCUCCACUCAACAGCCAGCCCACUAACGCUACCCUGACCAUCACAAAUGACCACCUCCUACCUCAGAGCCCCAACAACACUGGAAUGGCAGUUACCAGCCUGCCACAGAGCACCACCCUAUCACAUACUGUUGCGUCCCAGAGCCUAGUGAUGUCACCAGGAGGUGUGGCAAGUGAUAAUAGUGUCACGCUGACACUGGCUGAUGCCCAGGGUAUCCUGGAUGGAGUCACUCUAAAUCUCAAUACACAGGGUCCAGGAUUUCCUGCAGUGCUGAAUGACUCUGGUCUAACAGGACAGCCAGCCGGCUCAGGCCAGCAGGUCAUACUGGUCAGCCACCAUCCUCAGUCCACAAACGGAGUGUCUGACAAUGGAUACAACAUCACGGUUGAGGGCCAUAAGGGCGGGAAGUCUGGCCACACAGAGGUUGAUAAUCGGAACCAGUGUUACUACUGCAGCGAGGCAUUUGAGAGCGUCAACACACUGCGACGCCACUGUAGGCAAGCUCACGGCAAGGAUCGCUGUCACGUCUGCAGCCUCUGUAACAAGGCCUUCAAGAGAGCUACACACCUGAAGGAACAUGAGCGAGUUCACCAGCCGGGCCCGUCACCCAGCUCCCAGAAACCCAGAGUCUUCAACUGCUCCUCCUGCGUCAAAGCCUUCGCCAAGCGCAGCCAGCUGGAGAGACACAACCGGACACAUACAGGCGAGCGUCCUUUCAAGUGCACUCAGUGUGAUAAGGCCUUCAACCAGAAGAGCGCUCUGCAGGUCCACAUGGUCAAACACACUGGAAAGAAGCCCUUCAAGUGUGAGGUUUGCAGCAUCAGAUUCACCCAGAAGAGCAACAUGAAACACCACAUGAAGAGAGCGCACGGCUACGGUCAGGUCCACGAUGUGUCCAUGGGGGAGGAAGAAACGGCCACACAGGUGGAAGUAACAGCUGACCUUGACCUGGAAGUGGUUCCUGAGUCAUCAGAACACUGGCACAAUGUCUUCCCCUGAACACAAACCACACGAGUCAUACAUCGAUAUGAUGCCGUGCCAAAACACUUUCCUCCCCUCAAAGGUUUAUCUGGUUAGAAAAAAGAUGGAUGUUACUGAAGUUCUGCUCCUCUGUAAAUGGAGGGGUUUCACCCCCAGCAGCAGUCCCUUGUUGUUGAUCUAAGCUGUGGAGUUAGGGGGAUCUGGUUCCCUGUGAUUGGCUUAAUGACAUUAAUCUGUUUUGCUGCUGUCAGUCGGUCAUGAAUAUGGUGACCUCUGGAGAGUUUGGACUUAAUAAACACAAUCAUCCCAUAGACUUCUCUCUUCUGGAUGUGCAGGUUAUUCCCAUGUUGACCCCAAUGCAAAGCGAGGAAGCAGUAUUCUGAGAGUCUUGUGUUUAACUACUGCAGAGCUACAAACAACUGCACUGUUGUCAUUAACUGCUAUGUAACACAUCAGAACAUCAUUUUUUAACUGGCCAACCAGAUUUGUGGCACUUUUUCUUUUCUUUUUUUUACAUAUUUAUAAUGUACAUAUUUUAUUUUGAAGUGAAUAUCAUUUUAAACAUGUUACAUGUUUGUUCUAGUUCAAAACAGAGCCAGAAUGUUUGUACCAAACAUGUUAAGCAACAAGCAUGUUGCAGUGAGGCUUGUGAGUGAAUAUGUAAGCACUGUAUUUGUUUUUCAUAUCAAUGAGACCCACAGCAGCAACAUUUGUACUGUGAUCCAUUCUGUAAAUAUGUGUAGUUAGAUUCGAUAUAUUUUCUGAUGAACCAGCGUGACAUGAAUUUAUUUGGAAAUAUGUAAUUUGAGCAUAAUAUUGCAUUUGUUAUAAGGCCGUGCCAAUGUACAGAAGUAAGCAGUUUUUUGCUCUUUUUUUGCAGCUGUAUUUUCUAUUGUCCAUAAUGAAGUAAGAAGAUUAAAGUAAUUUUUCUACUAA